AUGGUACUGAGGAGAACAGCCUACCAACCAGCUUUGGCAUAUGCUUUCAGAGAAUAUAAACCUAAAGAAAAUGUGAUGUUUCUGGAUGAUGGACAGAAGGUGUCUGCUGUCACCACUAAGACCUACGUGUUUGUCCCUGAGUUGAGUAAUGGAGAUCCUGAGACAGAUCUGAUUAGGACAGUGAAUAUUCCUGUUGUGACUGUAAUGAAUACAGUAAGGUAUUCUAGUCUGCAGAUUUUACUGCUAAAAGCUCUGUUGAUUAUCGAAAGGGCUGGCAUUUUUACAACAAGAACAGUACAUGAACUCCUUUGGGGUUACAAAGAUCCAGUGCUUUCAGCCAUCCACUUCUUGGAAAAGGACGUUGAUGAUUACUUUGGGCUCUAUUAUAAGAUGAACAAGACAGAUGAUGGUGAAUAUGUUUUUCUUACGGGGCAAAAAAGUUAUAAAAAUUUUACUACCAUUGUCGAAUGGAGAGGUAACAAUUCAUUGGACUGGUGGACAACAGAUGCAUGCAAUAUGAUCAAUGGGACUGAUGGAACCUCUUUCCACCCCUUGAUAACCAAAAAUGAAACCCUGUUCUUCUUUUCUUCAGACCUUUGCCGGUCCCUCUAUGCCAAUUUUGAGCAGGAACUUAGUGUCAAAGGGAUACCAGUUUUGCGAUUUGUGCCUCCAAGUGAGAUUUUUGCAAAUUUCACAGUGAACCCAGAAAAUGCUGGUUUCUGUGUUCCAGCUGGAAACUGCCUGGGUUCAGGUCUAUUGAAUGUGAGCAUGUGCAGGCAAGGGGCUCCUAUCGUUCUUUCAUCUCCACACUUUUACCAGGCAGAUCAAAAAUAUAUUGAUGAUAUUGAGGGAAUGCACCCAGACAAGGCGAACCAUGAAACGUUUCUGGACAUAAAUUCUCUUACAGGACUCCUCGUGAGGGCAGCAAAACGAGUUCAGAUCAAUGUUUACAUUGAACCAAUAGCAGGAUUUGAUCAGACUGAGAAUGUCCAAACACUUGUGUUUCCUGUGAUGUACCUCAAUGAGAGUGUUUUGAUUGACAAUGCAUCAGCUGCUAAGUUGAAUUCCAUGCUCCUGCAGUCCAAAGUAGUCACUGUGAUUCCAUUUAUGAUAAUGGGUUUGGGGAUUCUCUUUGGUUUGAUCUUUGUCAUACUUGUGUGCACUAAUCGCAAUGAGGUUAAUGAGGCAUCAGAGGCAGAAAGGACACCCCUUUUGAAACCAUCUUGAAACUUCAUGCCAGUAUUUCUGCAGCCUGGUUGAGAGAAACUAUGCAAAGGAUGCACGUUUGUUUUCUUUGACACAUUCUAGAAUUACCACAGGUUUCCAAGUCUCACAGAGCACAAUGUGUUAUCUAUAAUGUUAAAUUCUACUGACAUAACUAAUAAGUUUUCAAGGUUCAGCUUGCGAAAUUAUACUUUGGUAUAUAACACUACUUCAAGUAUCAAAUGCAGCUUUUAUAAAUUUAAGUAAUAAUUAUGAUUUUUAAAUGAAUUACCUAUUGCAGUUUUGCAGUGUUGACCACUAUGACUUUAGUUUGUAAAGGCAGAACUUCUGUAACCAAGCAUUUGCUUAAGAUCUGUGUUUAGUUAUGAUGAAGUGUACUGUCAUAGCAAUGUUGUAUUUGGCACUGUGAGGUUUUUGAAUAAGUUUUAUUUGUGUAUAUAUUGAAGUAUAUGUAACUUAGCUUAUUUGACUUUAAUGAUCGUGGUUACAGGUUGGGUGUUUUCUUCUGUUUUAGAGAGAUCUGGUUUGUUCAGAUGAGAACACUUAUUCCUAAAUAACAUCCUUCCUUCAUUUUCCCCCAUCCCUUAGCUGCACUUAUAUUUACUUCUGCACUCGCCAUAUGGACUGGAAAGUAUUUUUUGUAAAUACACCUCUUGUGAUAUUAGAAAAGAGAGUAAUGAUGCUACAGUCAAUAAUAUCAAAGUAUUUAUGAGAUCAGGUGGAAAAAAUGGUUUUGCUCAUAUUUGGGGGAGAAAGAAGGUAGUCAAAUUAAUGAGGAAUGUCAGUGCCAAACAAUGUUCUGUCUCUACGUAUAAAUUUGGAUUUUGUUGGUGUCUCUGUGUACUGUUUGUCUUUAAUUACACCCCAGCCAUCAUCAGUUCAGUUGUAUAUGACUUAAUUCAGAAUGUAAUAGAAAAGAUAUGAGGAAGGACAUAUUGUUAUUUACACAUCCCUCCCUCUUAUUCCUGUGUUUUGUAUUCUGGUGAAUCCACUAGUGGAAUUGUGGGCAGUUUACUAUUCACAUCACCGCUGGCAUAUUCAUGUAAUGUAGAGAGUUUUGCCAAUGAAUUGUGGCAUUUCAAAACUUUAGUGCAUGAACAAAAGCAAUUUAAGGAUCCAAGUUACACUAUGUAUCAAAUUAAUAUUUUGUAGACGUUGUUAACAUGUUAGCUCAUCAUUUACUAGGGUGGUUAAUAAUCAAGUUAACAUCCACCCUUGAAUCUGUCCCAGCAACUGUACUUACCAAUGGUAUGUCAUGGUUAAAUUUCUGAACUUGGCCUUCUACGUUUAGGCCAAUAAUGUGAUGCUAAGCACUGUCCAAAAUAUGAUCUAAAUUUUCAAGAAAGCAACUGUAAAUUUCUGUUUAGGACCGGCCUUACUCACCUUCACCCUGUAUGCCAAGUAGUGCACUCUGUAUAUAUUUUAAUAUGGAUUAAGAUGUUUUAGAUAAUUUUUUUGAUUUUUUUUAAAAAAUAUAAGCACAACACUUCAUUCAAGCAGUUUUUAUGAUGUACUGACCCAUGUUUGGCACUGCAGAAUGUAUGUAAUCGUAAUGUUAUUUCCAAAAUAUUAAUAAAAAAUAUGCUAUUUAA